AUGUCUAGAUUAAACGAAUAUCAAGUUAUCGGUCGUCGUCUCCCAACUGAUUCAGCUCCAGAACCAAAGUUGUACCGUAUGAGAAUUUUUGCUCCAAACACUGUUGUUGCUAAAUCUCGUUACUGGUAUUUCUUACAAAAAUUACACAAGGUCAAGAAGACCCUUGGUGAAAUCGUUUCCGUUAACACCAUCGCUGAAAGCCACCCAACCAAGGUUAAGACUUUCGGUGUCUGGAUCAGAUACGAAUCUAGAUCCGGUAUUCACAACAUGUACAAAGAAUACCGUGACGUUACCAGAGUUGGUGCUGUUGAAACCAUGUACCAAGAUUUAGCUGCUAGACACAGAGCUAGAUUUAGAAACAUUCACAUCUUAAAGGUUGUUGAAUUAGAAAAGACUGAAGAUGUUAAGAGACAAUACGUUAAGCAAUACUUAACCAAAGACUUAAAAUUCCCAUUACCUCACAGAAUCCAAAAAUCAAAGAAGUUAUACCAAGCUCAAGUUCCAUCUACUUUCUACUAA